CUUUCGAAGAUGCACGUUAAUUUCCUCCAUCCAUUUUUUAAGCCCAUAGCCGACUGCGAUGUAGUUAGCUCCGAUGGAUAUACUGUCCAAAACCUCGUAAGCUCAGAUUUCAGGGAAAAUUCAAAAGGAUUUUUGGCUGCUCAUUUUAUCAAACCUCCAGCUCUGUUACUCUUUCAACUUCCUUUCCCAGUUCACGUAGAAUCAAUGAUCAUCAAGCCCAAAGUGGGAUCUCAAAUUUCAUCUGGUAUAGCUGUUCUGGUGGCGGGAAUCGCAACAAAAGGCAAUCCUCAUAUGAAAGGCGACAUAACUAACCAUAAAUCGACUGUGUUCUCUAAAAAGAAAAGAAUUAACAUUAACAAUGGCCUCCCUUUGAGCUCAGAAAAAAGGAACAAUUGUCAGCAAACUACAGCCAGAAACUUCCAGAAACUAUCACCCGAAGAAGUUUUUAUCCAUAACCACAAUUAUGAACUGAAUAUUACUCCUACAUCUGUGAAAGGUGAGCAUUCGCACUUUUUCUCACAAGUUGCUUGGCUGACUGACAGAGAAGGUAGAACAUUUCAUUUGGAAAACAGUUUGUUUCAAGAAAGGUUCCCUGUUCAAGGGAUACACCAAGUAGGGGGAUCAGACAUUCAGCAAGGAGAAUUUCAGCGAUUAUCCUAUCUGAGAAAGGUUACUCAUGUGGCAUUAAAGAUUGCACGAUUAAGUGGCUCAAGUGUACCAGCUAUUGGCAAAGUUGAAAUUUGGGGACAACCAUCUGCUUGUUGCCAGCCAGGAGUUUUGGAAUACGCAUCACAAGUCCAGGAAAAAAUUAAAGGAGGAAUACACGGUAAGACUGCUACCACUGAGGAUCAAAAUAUAAUAAAGGCAGAUUCCAAACACUGUAGUUCAAUGCUUGCUACAAAUUGUGGCUGUAACCCCAUUCCAGAUGACUUCAUGGAUCCAAUUACAUGUGAAAUCAUGACAGUACCUUUGUUACUCCCAUCUGGUCACAAUGUAGACUCAGUUACACUUGAAAAGCACAUUAUAGCAGAGAGAACCUGGGGACGAUUACCAUCUGACCCCUUUACUGGAAAAUUAUUUUCAGAAUUUUCCAAGCCACUACCAAAUAGUUCACUUAAAGUAAGGAUUGACCAGUUUCUUCUGUCAUCCGGACUAAAUAAUUCUGUUCAUGGAAGAACAGUUGGAAGGGAGACUAAGUCACCUAGAGAAAGUAAUCAAACUAAGAGUAAAUUACUGAAAGCAAACAAGGGACCUUCAGAAGACUGUCCUACAAAAGCCCAUUCAGGGAGCAAUGAAGUCAGAGGUGUUUGUGAUGAUGUACAUUCAUUCGGUGCAAGAUAUCAGCAAAGAGUUCCAAAUCUCUGUGAGCUCAAGUCGGAACAAAAAGAAGUGGAACUUGGACAUGAGGAGGCAGUUACCAGAAGUCUUGAUUCAGCUGUUAUUCAGACACUCAGUGGACUUCACAAGUUUACAAGAAAUAGAACAGUCAAUCAUGAAAAGCUAACAGUGACACAAUCUUCCACUGAAGAGCUAAGCAAAGGUUUGAGAGCAAGACUGAAGAGGACAGCACCAGAAACUUCAGAGACUUGGAAAAACCACAUCAAGAAGAAACCAACUGUUUUAUGUGUGUCAUGUGAUCAAGAUCUGUCAUCACAGUCCAUAUUUCACUUGCCAUGUCAGCACAGUAUGUGCCGAUCAUGUCUUCUGAAAGAAACACCAAAAAGUGACAAUGAGAGUGCAUGCAAGUUGUGUAAAACUAAGUUUAGGCAAACUGAUAUUGUUCGAGUUCAUCAUGUUUGACAUUCUGUUUCCCUAAACACCCUGCUAAAGGGAUCACUAUGCAACGGUUGCUGCAUUAUGUGAUAGGACCUAGGGUUCUUACCAUGACUUGAAACUGACUUUCCAGACAGGUCAUUUUUCAUACUUUGUUAUUUAUCAGAACUGUCCAGUCAGAGAAGUCAAUUUCUAAAUUUCAACCCCCUCCCCACAAAAAAAGAAACCCUAUAGGGAAUCAUUUUCAUGUGGUCCACUAGUUCCAACUUAAGAUGACGCCCAUAGUUUUCUCUAUCGUACUGUCAACUACAAGUCUAUCUUUCUACAAGAACAGUUGAGACACUUUGAAUCUUAUAGCUCUGUUACUUCUUUCUACCAAAGCAAACAUUACUGAAAUUUUGUCAAGUAGACUUCCAGAUAAAAGAUACAGAGAUGUUUCAGCGAGUGAUGACUUUGAAUUUUAACGAUAGUGGCCUUUCGUUGGUAGAAAGAACGCAGCGAUCAGCCGAAAAUUUUCCGGCAUGGAACAAGCUCGCCUCGCGUGUGGAAACGGAUAACCAGGAUAUCCUAUGACGAAUCUGGCCAUGAACCGUAAGAUGAACAAGUUACAUCAAUGAACACAUGGCAGUAGUCUUCAACAUUAUACGUAACGCAUUUUCUGUCAGGGUGACGGAAAUAAACGACAGCAGAUGUUUCA